AUGCCACUGAAAGCUUCCGAAAUGUUGCAACAUAUGAAAGAGAAGCCGAAGAUGGAUUUCUCCGCUGUGGUUGUGGCGCCAAUGCCUGGCGCUAUAAAAACUGUUAGCGCCACACCUGGACAGAUGGUAACUGAAGGCCAGGAGCUCUGUGUUAUCGAAGCAAUGAAAAUGCAGAAUAGCUUGCUAGCUGGUAAAACGGGGAAGGUGUGUGUUAAUUUUUAUUUCACCUGUAGUUUCCUGUUGCAUGAAAUUUAUAUACGUUGA